AAAAAAAACAAAUCAAUACAAUCUGUUUCUCUAAUAUCUUUAAAAGAAUAACAAUGAAGCAAAUUAACGAACUAGUACAGCUGAGUCAUGCCGCUGCUUCUGAUUCUCAAUCAGAAUCAAAUUCAUCAUCAUGGAUACAACCAGGAUUAAAAGGCAAUCAACUUUCUAUUCCUUCAAGUUUAGUUGCCCCAAAACGUCAAAGACGUUCCACAGACCAUUCCAAAGUUAUCGUAAAGAAUUAUAAGAAUACUAGUAGUGAUAAUGGAGCCAUUCUUACUCACUUUAAAUCACUUGCCUACAAACCACAAAAGCGUUUGAGAAAGAAGAAGAAGGCUGACCCAAAGUUAGUCGACUUUUUAUGGCGUCAAAUUGAUUCUGCUGAUAUUCAUGCUGUUUCUGUCUUUGGUGACUGUCAACAAUCAAGUGGUUGGUGUUGUGCAACAAACAAAUAUCAUGCUGGUCAUCAUCAUUUUGCUUGUGUGAAUCAUAAAACAACCAAAGCAAAGAAAGCACAAGACUAUAUGAAUCCUUCCUCUUCCACAAGUACAAGCAGUGAUGAAGACGGUAAAAAGAUGCAGAGAACAUCCAUCUCUAUCAGAGAAUUGUUACUUUAAUGCUUUGAACGAUCGAGAAUCCUCUCACAUUUUUGGCGAAUACGAUAUCCGAUACGAGUUGAACGAUGAACGAACUGACCACUACUUGAAUAACAGCAUUGUGCUACUUGAAACAGAGUCUAAAGUUGUUGUAAUCAGCAUUGCUCUCUAAUUGUUGUAAUUUUAAAAUAAAUACAAAUUGAAAAACAAAUAAUACUC